GAAGUCAACUUUGACCAUUUUCAGAUCCUGCGGGCCAUUGGCAAAGGGAGUUUUGGAAAGGUGUGCAUCGUGCAGAAGCGGGACACGAAGCGGAUGUACGCCAUGAAGUACAUGAACAAGCAGAAGUGCGUGGAGCGGGACGAGGUGCGCAACGUGUUCCGGGAGCUGCAGAUCAUGCAGGGCCUGGAGCACCCCUUCCUGGUCAACCUGUGGUACUCCUUCCAGGACGAGGAGGACAUGUUCAUGGUGGUGGACCUGCUGCUGGGCGGGGACCUGCGCUACCACCUGCAGCAGAACGUGCACUUCCCCGAGGGCGCCGUGAGGCUGUACAUCUGCGAGCUGGCGCUGGCGCUGGAGUACCUGCAGCAGCACCGCAUCAUCCACAGAGACAUCAAGCCAGACAACAUCCUGCUGGACGAGCACGGGCACGUCCACAUCACGGACUUCAACAUCGCGACAGUGGUGCAGGGUGCGGAGAAGGCCUCCUCCAUGGCCGGCACCAAGCCCUACAUGGCCCCGGAGGUGUUCCAGGUCUACGUGGACGGAGGCCCCGGGUACUCCUACCCCGUCGACUGGUGGUCCCUGGGCGUCACGGCCUACGAGCUGCUGCGGGGCUGGAGGCCGUACGAGAUCCACUCGGCCACGCCCGUCGCUGAGAUCCUCAGCAUGUUCCAGGCGGAGCGCGUGCACUACUCCUCCACGUGGUGCAAGGGGAUGGUCGCCCUGCUGAGGAAGCUCCUGACCAAGGACCCCGAGAGCCGCCUGUCCAGCCUCGGUGACCUGCAGAGCACACCCUACCUGGCCGACAUGAACUGGGACGCGGUGUUCGAGAAGGCGCUGACCCCCAGCUUUGUGCCCAAUAAAGGGAGACUGAACUGUGAUCCCACGUUUGAACUUGAAGAAAUGAUUCUCGAAUCCAAGCCGCUUCACAAAAAGAAGAAGCGGUUGGCAAAGAACAGGUCCAAAGAUAGCACGAAGGACAGCUGCCCGCUGAACGGACACCUGCAGCAGUGCCUGGAGACCGUGCGGAAGGAAUUCAUCAUAUUCAACAGAGAGAAGCUGAGGAGGCAGCAGGGCCCGGGCAGCCAGCUCCUGGACCCCGAGGGCUGCGCCGGGAGCCAGGCACCGGGCAAGCUCCAGGACGGGCGCAACAACAACGUGCCGGGCCCUGCCUGCGCCCGCGGCUGCAGCAGCUAAGCCGCCUGGCCGCCCAGCAGGACUGCGCCGUCUCUGCCCUGCCCACCGAGCCCCUCUCUGCUGCCACUGUCCCUGCCUCACCCCCAAGGUCGGAUGCAGACAGAGCCAGGCUGGGAGCAGGGAGCCAGGGCGGGGCCGCUGCCAGAAAGAUCCCCUGUGCCACCUGGACAAGCCUUGCCCUCCUGUGCCUCCGCUUUCUGCAUCUGCCGAAGGGUCUCUCCGCCCACCUCUGAUCACAGGCCGCUGGGAGCGUCCAGUUGGGUCGCAGACACGCAAAACGUCUGACGUUUACAAAGUGGUUCACACGGGCCAGCUCGAACGGUGAUGUCGGACGCGCACUCCCACCCCAACGCGAUCGGACCGUCACAGUUUUGCCAUUCGACCUGUCCUGGCUCCUUAGGCGGGACUUUCGAAAAUGCAGCAAGAAGGCAACACCAACAGGGGCGCGUUUGCCCUUCCCGGGGAGGUGCCGUGCCCACGGGCACGCAGAACCUGACAUGUCCCCAUGGCGCUCUCCACCGGGCCGGUCUCGCUGGCCGUCCAACGUGGCGUGACCUGCAGACCAGCCCGGGCCCAGGGUCUUGGGCUGGGGAUGUACUUCUCCCCUGACUCGCAGAAGACUGCCUCACCCCACUUUUCAUUCCAGCAGGCCCCCACCCCGGUCACUCCGAUAGAGUGUCCUCGGUCCCCAAAGCACAUCCCACAGCAGAACUCGGACUAGCCCGCCCUGCAGGGUGUCUCCCGGGAGGGCGUAAGAUUGUCGCGUCAGGAUUGUCUUCACGAGGGUCCUCGGCUGCCGCUGCCGUGGACCGGGCACCCCGUGUGGAUACGUGAGGAAGCAAGGGUCACCGUAGACAGUCCAUUCGGGGACACUGGGUCCACGCCAAAAACAGCAAUUCCCGACCUGCGCCGGGAGCAGCCCGCCCGCCGUGGAUUCGGAAGAUGCUGUCGCACCAGGGAUGCACUUGGACUUGGAACCGGGUCCGUGUGCAGAAGCCGGCCCUGCCCUGUGCUGACGGAAGCCCGCAGGCAAAUCGUGUCAUCUCAUGAGCACCUGUUUCCUCGCUUUAAAACAGGGGUAAUAAUCGCACCCCUGGGUCCUGUGUGUGCAGCGGCAAAACUCUCCCGUUUCAGGCGCUCGUCUGGUUGGGUUUCGGUAGAAACAAGCCCGGUGUGUGGCUUAUUCAGUGCCCGUGUGUUCCUGUCGGUGGUCAAUUGUGUUUUUAUCUUUGCACCCAACUCCUACUUUUCACUUUUUACAUCACAAGCCAGUCCUUGUGGCUGCCGGUGUCAUCUCUUAGAUUCCUUAAGAGACAUGUUAAUGUGGGGUGUGGUUUCAUAUUUUCAAUUUUCUGAAUGGCCAUUGCUUUCCUCCUUUGAGCCAGGGCGAUGGUGUUGCCCAUGUGCGUCUACUUGGCUUGCACGCUUUCCAUCCUCCGCUCGCACCAGCACCAUCCUGUCCCAUCCGGGCGUGGCUGGGCUGCCUCUCCUGCAUUGUGACCCUGGCAGCGGUUAGGGCUCCUCGGUGCCUCUCGGUGCCUCCCAUGCUGGGCCCAGAGGCAGGGGCAGGGGCUGGAAGCGGCCGUGAGAUGCCGGCCUGGCUCUGAGUCCGCACUGUUCCGCGCUCAGAAUAGAGGAUUUCCUGGGCAGCCCUCCCUCCCACACUGCUCUUAUUCAGGGUGGGGUGGGGUGGGCGUGUCCUCCUGGAGUUAAGACCUCACGUUUAAUGAGAAACGUAGAGAAGGGGGUGGGGGAUUCCAGCUCAGUGAUAUGUUACUUGGUGUCUUUACCAGGGAAUAAAACCACACUCAGCAAUGCAAGGCUCUGUCUACCUUGAUCACAACUUGUAUUAGGGAUUAUAUGGUUACUGUUAAUCGUCUUCAUUAUGAUUUUAUAGAUACAAACGUGCAAUCUACCCACCAGGGGGAAAUACACAAAACGCUCCUUCAAAGAAAAAUACUCUUCAGAGAUGGUGUGGCUCAGUGGUUGAGCAUCAGCCUAUGAACCAAGAGGUCUCUGUUUGAUUCGCAGUCAGGGCACAUGCCCAGGAGGCAGGCUCGCUGCACAUUGGAAAACAAGGGGGGUA